AACUUGCGUCCCAGCGUAAUUAAUUCCGUACCAUGUGACCGGAUCCUGCAAAGGGCCUAUUGACAUGUGAAAUAGCCUCCAUUUAAACCGGGAUUUAUUAAAAUCAUAUUUAAAAAUUGGCUACAGAGCUACAGAAAUUCUGUUUUGCAUUUGUGUGUUAGUCUCCGGCAGUUUAGCGAAUCAAAUGAGGUGUCUUCCUUGUGUCUUCCUUGAGCCAAGCACAUGUCUCCACCGAGGACGAAAACGUUUUCACCUUAGUUGCCUAUGACCUGUCUAAAGCUACUGCCCGGUAAACCCCCCAACACCCGACUAAAAUACUGGAUAUGAUGACGUCAUGAAUGCAUUUUAGCUCUCGCUAGUGCCUCGACAGAGUAGUGAUGAAUUUCAUGGCAGAAGGCUUUUGCGAAGUUAAGACGGUAUGAAGGGUAAGAAAAUUAUUUCCACAUAUUCGUCUUGCCAAAAUAAUCCCUCUAAAGUUAGUUUUGGAUCACGAGGAAAUCCCAGGAGAGUCUAGAAAUAGCCAAUCCUAUGGCACAGAAUGUGCUCACGUGGAUUACGCAACGCACGUGCUGACAUCCGGGGAAGAACUGGGUACCAUAUCUUGAAUUUACUCGAGGGAUCCUUGAGGGAUAACCUUGUGAACAAGGCCUAUAUGUUACCCUUCAUUCUCUCUUGACGAAGGUGCAUGCUCGAGAAAGUGUUCGUAAAAAGAAAAAAAAAAACAAAUUAUAUUAGAAGCGCAUAACAGUAACAAUAUGAUUAUGAUUAUUUUUUCCUUGACGUUGAAAUAACAUGACAGCCAUACAUCGAUAUAUAGUCCACACAACAGCAAGACGUUUAAUUGCGGCGGCUCGAAUACUCCAUAAUUCUCUCCCAGCCGGGAGAUGAAGCCAUCAACUCAGUGCAAAAUCUGUCGGGCCAUAUUUCUAGGUAUCUAGUCGAUAUAGUGUUACUAGUUUGGUAUACAGUUAACUUGUUGACCUCAUUUAGGGUGACCGCUGCCCUUUCAAGUACUUUCAGACAUCGAAUGAAACAGGAAGCUCGGAAAACUAGUCGCUUUACUGUUCAAGCUAACUCAGCUUUGAAAUUGAAAUCAACCGCGAUUGGAUUUCGCUACAUCCUCAUAACAAUAUGCACAAGUUAUAUGUAGUUUUCGAAACCCCAAAGAUAAUAAUAAAGUUUCCAGUGAGAGACCAAAACGCUUGCGUUACAAAGUAAUAAAUAUUUUAUGUUUUCGUUAGGUAAGCUUCUUUAAUCAAUUUAGUUUUCUCUUCGCCGCAAGACAUUUCAUCGAAACAACCAAAAAGUCAACAGAUCCUUUUCUUUUUUAACGGUUAUUUUUCUUUGUUUGCGUACAAAGAACUUUUAACAGUCAGAAGUGGGAAAUUCGUAAGGCCAGAAAAAGGUUUUGUGGAAUGAAGAAAUUACGCUGUUGAAGAGUGUGAAUCGUCCAAAGAACUGUCCAAUGAUGUAGUUUAUCUGCCAAAACAAGGUGGUGUUUUGGAUACACAUAAAAUACAACAUGCGCUGCGGAUGGUUUGUCGUCUUAAUUAUCAUAUUCAUCUUCUUAAGCGGCUUUCAGUGGACAGCACUAUCAGAAAAUUCGAACAAACUGAAAAGAACCGAAACGUUGGGAAUAAAUGGCGCCAACGAUACAAACCGCCACUCAGCGGCUAAGCGGAGUGCACAGAUUCAAGGUGCCAUUUAUUCGGGGAGUAUUCCCUCGGGAUCCCCUGUAUCCGGGACUCAGGCUCAAUUGAAUACGGGUCAGCCCGGGGGACAGAGACUCACACCGUUUGUACAAGCGACAACUGCGACCGCGGUACAACCAGUAGGACAGACUAUUAAGGCACAACCUACUGGAAAUACAUUGGCUCAACCGUUGGUACAGCCCGCUAACAUACUAGCGCAAGCUACGGGGCAGACCGCAAACACAUUGGCACAAGCUACGGGACAGACCGCAAACACAUUGGCACAAGCUACGGGACAGACCGGAAACACCUUGGCACAAGCUACGGGACAGACCACAAAUACAUUAGCACAAACUGCGGGACAAGCGCCCUUGGUUACAGGACAGCCCGCAGUAUCAGCACCAGUACCCGCUGCUUCGUCACAAGGGAAGACUGUUGCAAGAGAUGACAGUCAGGAUCUUGAAGAGGAUUCAGACAUCGACCAAGCUGCGGAUGAUGGUGAAGAUGAUGACAUGGAAAGUGAAGGUUCUGAUCCAGAACUUGAAGCUGCCUGCAUGAGGCGCCGACGUCGGCGUCGGUGUCAUCGGCCUUAUCGUUUCAGAGGACGGAGGCCACGGAGACCAAGACCGUUGGACGAUGGAUAUGAAAGAAACAAUAAACAAAAUGAUUGGGUGGACUUUAGAGGGGACCCGGGAUACUAUGACCAGGAAGGUCAACAGGGAGGCCAACAAGAAGGCCAAGAGGGAGGCCGAGAAGAAGGCCAAGAGGGAGGCCAAGAGGAAGGCCAAGAAGGAGGCCAGCAAGGAGGCCAACAAGGAAGAGGUGGCGGCGGUAGGGGCGGAGGCGGGGGUCGUGGUGGAGGUAGAGCGGAAGGAACUGACUGUUGUUGUGUCAAGUGGGGAGGACUCAAACCGCACAUAGAAUGGGUGAAUGUUCCCGUGUGUUACCAUCCAAGUAAGUAUUACUAUUCGCACGUAUUGCAUGCCUAUGUUUCUAUAGUUCACUCGAUAAAGAUCUCUUGCGGUACGUCUUCAACUACAUAUAGGGCUCUAUACUCAAUCUUUAUGGCAGUGUUUUAUUCAAACGCAGUUCGAUCACGUCCAAGGAUAGAAUUAUAAAAGGACGGUGUACUACUAAGCCCCAACCUUACCCCUCUCCUCCCUCACGAAAAUAACUUCCCCAGACGGUAACCACUGAAGGCUUGUAAUUUAGUUUCAGCUCUUAAAUUAAGGAACUGUAAAUAGUCGGAUUUUUUUUUGUCAUAAAUCAUUACAGUAUUUUAAAGACUUUGCUAUGUUUAUCUGAUGAUUGAAGCACAAGUUGCGUGUUCCAUUUUUUGUUGUUUGUUUUUAGAGAUUUCUUCCUUGCGGGAAUCGCUCUGAUAAUAAGCAAUUCAAAUAAUAACCCACCAAGAAGCCUUUUGGAUAAAAAUAAGCCCCUGGUGUACGGUUUUUACUGUACAUCUGCUAUAAUACCCGUAAAUCAUAGAAUCGGGCAAUGUCAACUCAGAGCGAGAGAGAUUGUUGUGUACAACAGAAGCCAACAUUGAGUCUCAAAGUCAUGCAGUAAACCAAUUAUCAUUGUUUUAAGUCAUGUUAGGUGCAUAAUGGUCUCAUAGUUCACUUUGUACAUGUUGCGUGCCUAUAUUUGUUUCCAG